CAUCCGGAAGUUGAAUAAAGAAGAUGGUUGCACGGAGGGGUUCCGCGAUGGCAAAGAACAAAGAGCCCUCCGAGUCUUUUUCCUCGGAAGACGAAGGGAGCGAUGACGCCCCAGAGGAGGUGACCUUUGAAAGCGCACGGGUGGCCGCUGAAGAGGCGCGCCGGUUGGCGGGAGAGCGCGCGCGGAGAGAAAAGACUGCCUUGAAAGAGAAGAGGAGACAAAGGGAAGAACUGUUUAAAGAACAAAAGAAGAAAAAGCUACUUCCUGAAAAUGUUCUAGAGGAAUUGGCAUCAUCAGCACAGAACAGCAAUAAGAAGCCAUCUGACAUAUCUGAACAUGAUCAAAGUAUUGAAGAUGAGUCUGAAAGUGUGAGAGAAGACAAUGUGAUGGAAGAUAAUGAAGAAGAAACACUGGCAGUUAGGCUGGAGCAAAGCUAUAUGGCAGUGCAGUUGAAAGAUGAGGGGUUAGCUAACAAGCAGCAGCAAGCGGCCAGAGACUUCAUACAAAGGCAGCUGUAUGGAGGUGGCAGCAACCGAACUACAGCAAACAAGUAUUUUUCUCUUGAAAACAAGAAAGGUGCAGUUAAAAAAGCUGCAGUCCAGUUUGUUGUUAAUUCUUGGGGUAAAAAGAAAAAACAAAAAGCUAAAGAGUUUACAAAACGUUGGAUUUCUUCAGAGAUGAUACCUACAGAAUAAUGUGACUGUAUUUUAAAAGCCUGAAGAUUACUACUAAGAAUGUUAAUAUAAUUAACAUUUAACAUAUAAUUAACAUAAUUUUUUUGUUGCAUAAAACUGUUGUAUUCAAGUUUUUCUACUGUAUAUUCUAAGAAAAGUUUGUAAGAUUUUCUAAAAAGACAAAGCACUAGCCAAGUAAAUUAAAAGUUUGACAGGUGAAAACUGGAACACAACAGUUUAUCCUUUCUUACACAUACCUAACUAGACACAACUAUGUUAAGUCAUCUCAAGAAAGAGGACCUUGAUUCCUAUGUGAAAGUCUGCCCUUUAAAGACAAGGAUUAUAAAAUGUAGCUUUGGGUCAUGUUUAUUAUACCCAUGGGGUUCCAGGGCUUUUGUACUGAGAUUUGGUCAAGGGCUAGGAAUGUCUAAUUUAAGUCAGUCUACUCUGUCACAAGUCUGUAUAGUUGAAGUAUGCACAUCAAUUUGACAAGUUGUAGGAUCAGAAAUGUGUGGAUUAAAGUGUACAUGGCCCAAGUUUCAGGGUAACAGACUGAUGUACACACAAACUGAGAAACUGCAAUGAUGUGGGACGGCACCUCAUUUCCCCUAUAUCCCCCUCUGUGCCCUUUCCUCUUUUUCUCCUGCUAGAAGCCCCCACAUCUUUGACUUUCCCUGCUUUCUUGUCUCCUACCUUUUAUCUGCUCCCAUCUUCAGACAUAUUUAUUGAACUCAUAUCCUACCUAAAGCAGCUUUCAAAAUUGUCUAUUUUAUCCUCAGAACAAUACUGUGAGGUAAGUUAGCUUGAGAAUAUAUAACUUGCUCAGUUACCCAGUGAGUUCUGACAGGAGAGUAGGGAUUUGAAUCUGGAUGUCCUAGAUCCUACACUACACUGGCUUUUGUGCAGAGUUGGCUGUCAAAUCAUAGUGAGUCACUUAAGAUGCUGCUGCUGGUAGUGGGUAGUCACCUGGUAGUGCUGGUAGUCACCUGGUAGUUACUGCCAGGCCCAGCACAAAUGAGUUCUCCCUUCUGGGUAGGGGAAAGGGGAGCAGAGGUGAAACUGGCUUGGAAAGGACCCUGCCUCUUCUCCUUGCCUUUUACUGACAGAAACCAGAAGGCUGGCAACAUGGUUGCCACUCAGAGAACAUACUUUUUAAAAAAGCUGCAGGUGCUGCUGCUGUUAUUUUGGGUUGUUUUUACAAAUAUAGUUUUGUAAAUGCCAGAUUUUCUACAAACCUGGAACUUUUCUCUGGUUUGCAAAAAAGAUCUGGCUUGUCUGCUGAUGGUCCAGCCUCUGGAUUUAAGUAUCCACAUUCUUUGAUGCUGUAGCAUAUACCAUCUUAUUUUGGAAUUUGGAGGUAGAGUUCGAUAACAGGAUGUGAUUGGUUUAAAUAAUUCCUUAUGGAAUGGACUCAAAGGGUUGUUUAGGGAGACCAGCCAUCUUCAGUGUGGGAACUGUCUUGUGGGCACAAUCUUAUUCCCUGUGUUAUUCAACCUCUGUAAAGCCUUUAGGAGAAAUACAUUACUUUGGAAUUGGAUGUCAUAUCUAUAGGAUUGUGUCUAUACUUAUGCCCUCCCAUGGCAGCUUCAUUCAUCAACAGGAUCUUCUACAUGUGCCACCCUGCAACUAGGCAAAAUCAAAACACAUGCACCCACACACACACCCUUAUGUAAUGGCCUGCCUGACGAAGUUAGGAAAUCUCCCUCGCUCCUGGCUUUCUGCAAUCUAUGCAAAACUGAAUGAUUGAGAAGGGCUUUGUGACACUGGUAAUGGGACUGCUCUAGGAAAUAGUUCAGAGAGAUGUGUUAGUAAAAGGGUAGGGGCUGUUGUGUACUGUCUUGUGCUGUAAUCGUGCUCCUACUGGAUAGUUUCUCUGCAUCAUUUAAUGUGUGUUAGCCUUGGUCAGUAAUUGGAUGGGAGACCUCCAACAAAGGCCAGGGUCGCAGUGGCAGGCAAUGGCAAACCAUCUCUCUUAGUCUCUUGCCUUGAAACCCCCAGCAGGAGUUACCAUGAGUCAUCUAUGACUUGACAGCAUUUUCUGCUGCCAAUGUGGUGGUAUAGGGAGGGCUGCACGGGAAGGUGGUUUGAAAGCUUCAAUUGGUACAAAAUGCAGCACUGAGACUUCUGGCUGGAAUCAGCUGCUCAGAACAUAACUCCUGGACCCUAAAAAAACCUUUCACUGCCUGCAGCUGCUGCUAGACUCCCAUGAACCAGUUAUGCUCUUCAGCCAGCCUUGUCAAAAUGGCAACAGUCAGGUCAGGGACUGUCUCAAAAGGUCUGGUCUACUUGAAUGGCCUACCAAAGUAAAUGAAGACAGCAUGUUCAUUUGAAACAUUGAGGAAGUCCUGUAAUACAAUUCUAAUUCAGAGAUCACUUGGUGGAGGGUAAACUGCUUUACUAGAUUUGGCUGUAGUUUUGAUUUGUGCCCUGUUUUUAAUUAUUGUUUCUCUUCCUCAUGAACUUAAUUUUUUGCAUCCUGCAAUCUGUUACCAUGUUAACUGCCUUGCAUUUACAACUUUUGUAUCUCACCCUCUCUUCAUAACUAAAAUUCAGCAGACUAAACAGUAAUACCAUCUGUAGGACUCAAAAUUGAGAAAUUAUUUGGGAACUGACGCACCAGGAAAGGUUGUAUUAAAAAACAGAACUAUGAAGAAACAGGAAGCCAAAAGCUGAAGACUGACUGAGCAAGCUACACAAUUCACUGUUUUAAGUGUCUCCUAUUGGCCUAGCCAAUGUAGAUGAAAUGGGUUGGAUCCUAUCGAAAAGAUCCAUAUCCACUGGGGUAGGACCCCCCCCCCCCGUUUGAUAUCUGUCCUCUAGAAGCUCCAUUUUAGGUUGCAGCACAAAGGGGGAGAGGUAAAAUUGCUCUUUCUAAGUUUAUAAAGCUGAAAUAGUUUCAAACACAUAUAUUAAAAUUGUUGUGAAAUAUAAAGUGUGUUCUAGUUGAAAAUUUAAAUGUUUGGGUGAUAACAGCUGUUUUAAUAUACUGUGAAAAAUUAUGCCCAUAUAUUCACUUGAUCAACAUGGUGAAUUCAAGUUGGCUUUACCACCAUCUAUCUAUAUGCCCACUAGGUUGGGCAAAUAAACCAUAUAACUCAGUUUUAAGGCACUGAUUUUGCAGUAAUCGGAAAGAAUUUCAGAAGUCUUUCUUUAAUGGGUUUAAAAUCAAUCAUGUUUUGUUAAAUACUAGUGAAAUUUGAACUUGUUUUUUCUCCAUAUACUGCGAACAUGGAUAGCACUGAAGGUACAGAGUAGGGGAACCAUCAUAAAAUCAAGAUGAAGUAGCAAAGCUAUUAGGAUUGCUCAAAGUUCAAUCUGAAAUCUCAGGAAAAAAUUCCUAGGCAGCAGUUUCAUAAAUAUAUACAUAAUACAAAACAGCUCUUUAGGGAACCUGCAAGACAACUGGGAGGAUAACAGUAAACUUAAUACUUUACAUAAAAGUUGAGGACUACUGAAUAAGUUAUAAUGAGUGGACUAUUCGUAGUACAUUCUAGAUAUGUUCCUAAAAGUACAAAUGCAUACUUGAGAGUAUAUACACGCACAAGGAAAGCAGGCCAUUAGGGAUGUUUGGUCCAAUAUAUCUGGACUGACUAUAUAUCCUGAAAAUAGCUAACCAGUAAUUUUGGGGUAGUCAGGAUCUGGAUUUUUCAGAAUACCAACUGGGUCCCAAAAAAUCCAGAAAUAUUUGAGUACGUACAGGAAUGUUCAGAGCCGCCACCCUUUUAAGGGUCUCAGGGCUGCUGUUACGUUUUUCUUCAAGUUUACAGGACUUCCUGAGGGGGCGGGGGGGAGGCAGCCCUGCCAAGUAUUGGGAUCAGACCUUAGAGGAAGCACAAAUUGUCCAGUCAGGACAAUUCUUUCAUCCUUCCAUAGCUCCCUAAGCAUGGGCAAAGGGGAUAAGGCAUGAAACCUGACUCCAUAGCCAGAUCUUUUGCAAUGCCGCUGUCUUGGAGUACUACCUGCCUGAGAAGACCACCUUAUUCUCUGCCUGCUGGACAUCUUCAUUGGUUUUCAAAUGUAUUUUAAAAUAUUUUCAUGUUUUCCAGGUUUUUUUCUUUAGUUGGGAGGGGGUGGAGCCUUUUUCAUUUAAAAAUAGUUUUCCUCAGUUUUGUUUUGCAGUUUUUGUGCUAUUCUUGGGUUUUUAUAGAAUUGCUUUUUGUUUCCCAUUUCUAAAGUUUUUAAUUUUAAAGGGUUUGUGCAAGGGGUGUGUGUGGAUUUUCCAAGUUGUCACUGUUUUUAAGUUUGUCUUUGACAAUUCUUCUAGUUCCACUAUUACAGUUGUUUCUGUGUUUUGUUUGUUGGGGGAGUGGUUUUGUGGUGUAUUUGUUCCUAUUGGCUUUUCAGUUUUAAAAUAUUGCAGCAUGUUAUAAAACAGUAUUAUGGUUAGGUUUUAAGAACAGUUAAGUGUGUUAGAUGAGGGGUGAGGUAUUUUUGAAGAAACACAAGGUUAUUUGGCUUGGAUUCUCUGGUUUGACAUUGGAUCUGGUGGGCUCAUUCUGUUUGCAUUUGCAGGCAUUUGGCCAAUGGUUAUUCUUGUGUGUUUGGCUAUUGGCUUCUUUGAAUUUUUCCUCAUAGAAAACAAAAUUGAAAAAGUAGGAUGGCUGGGGGAAACUUGUUCAGGGGCCUGUAUAAUUGGCCCCUUUGAUCCAAUCUGCUUGAAAUGUGGUGGAAUCUUUAGAGAACAGGCAGCACAAGGUCCCUGGAAAGUCUGGUGUCAUUUGGUUGAAAAACCACCAUUCUGCACCCCCAAGUCUUCCAUAGGGAAUAAUGGAACCUACCCUCCCAAACACCUGAGCCCAAAAUGAUACUGGGUGACCCCAAAACCCGUCUCCUGCAAUUAAAAAUACUGAUUUUUUUAAAAAGAAGUUGCAUAUGCCUACAGGCUACUCUUCUCCCUUUAAAGCUUCUUAUCCAGUUAUUUUGAAACUCCAUUUGCAUUUGGUGGUCCACUUCACUGUUCAAAUAAACUAUGACUGAAAUUAGGAAGACUACUUCCAGAAGUUCCUGCUGUUGCUGGCUGUAAAUGGUUUACUUUAACAGCUGAACUGCCUGUAUAUACAAACUGCUGAAUGCAGUAAGAUUCUCUACUCUUCUUCUACCCACCAAUAUACUUCUCAUGGUUUUCGCAAAAACAUGGAAACCUUGAAAAUGGAAUAUAAGAGGUAACAGGAUUGAGCAGGUCAAAAGCUUUCGUUACUUAGGAAUCUAUUUCAAUUAUAGAGCUAGCUGGGUUCCGCAUAGAAGGAAAUUGAUAAAAUCUGUUAACUGCAAUAUACUUGCACUCACUUGCUUCUUUUUCACCAAGGGUAAUCAAUUUGUGCCCACAGCUAUUAAGAGUAUUCAACCACAAUAUUAGUGCAGGACUGUUUUAUGGCGUACCUAUAUGGAUUAUGGCUUUCAACAAGGAAGUGGAAACAGUACAAUCCAACGUCCUAAGAGAAUAUUGGACCUUCCCAUGUGUGUCUUAUGCGGCCAUCUGCCUUGAAACCAAUCAAAGACUCCUUGAGACUAAUGCAUGGAUUAAUACUAUCAAACUUUGUUUACAUCUACAUUUUAAGAAUAAUGAGGAUAGCCUCAUCUUUUACAUGCUGAUGGAGUCUCAGUCAUCCAUGUGGCUUAAGCACAUAAAAGAAAAAUUUAACUCAAUAGGGGUUAAUAUUGAAGAUUUAUUUUCCCUCACAGAAAGAUCAGCUUAUGCACUGAUCAGACAAAGACUCCUUGACACUGAGAUUCAGAAUCUCAGGAGUCUUGCAGAAGGCAGAUGUUUGCCUCUGGGUUUGGGGUUUUACCCGAUGGGUACUGGGCAGAAUAUCUUACCUGUUUAACAGCCCCACAUUAUCGCAGAGAUAUUCAUUAGCUCGGUUUAAUGUGUUACCUUCCGCAAUACUUUAUGGGAGAUUCCAUAAAACGCCAUAUGCUAACAGGUUAUGCACUUGUGCUCAGCAAGACAUAAAAACCCUGGAACAUGGUUUUUUGUAUUGUGCUUACUACCGUGAUAAACAACCCACACUUAUUGAUCUGCUUCUGAGAGAGCAAAUUGGGAAAUCUGAUAAAUGUAAAAUUAUCUUCCUAUUGGCUACUUGGAACCAAAAGGUUAUUGAAACUGUAGCUAAAUUUUUGAGUUUUGAUUGCAUUGAGUGUUUUUGUUAUUAAUAUGGAUAUAAUGCCAAUAAAGGUUGCUGCUGCUAAAAAUA